AUGGCGGAAAAGACAUUUUGGUCUUCCUCCAAAUCAACUAAACCUACUUCACCAUCUCUAUCUCUGCAGCAAUCCCCUCCCCCUUACUCCUUCAUUAUCCCAUCCAUCACAUAUUCAAUUAUUCUCCUAUUUGCUGCCUCGUCCACAGAUGCCGCCAUAGCUGACACAAACCCAUGUGCAGAGACCGGCAUGACACCCUACGACUACAGCCAGGCACUGUGCAUGUCGUUCGUAUUCUACGAGGCGCAGCCGGGUCCCCUGCCGGACGAUAUGCGGGUCCCUUGGCGAGGCGACUCGGCCCUGGACGACGGCUCAGAUGUGGGCCACGACCUUGCUGGUGGCUAUUAUGACGCCGGCGACCUGGUCAAGUUCGGCUUCCCGAUGGCCUUCACCACGACCAUGCUGUCUUGGGGCCUCAUCGAGUUCCCCGACGGCUACAGUACAACCGGGCAGACUGAAUACGCCCAGGCAGCGAUCAAGUGGGCCACCGACUACUUCCUCAAGUGUCACACCUCCACGGACGAGUUUUGGGGCCAGGACGUCGACCCAGAAUACGCCACUCAGCUGCUCGACGGGGCCAAGGAACUCUACGAAUUCGCUGACAACUUCAGACUGACCUACGACCAGUCCAUCACCGACGCCUACAACUGGUACCG